AUGUCGGCUCUCACUGGAGGAGUUCCUAACAAAGCGCCGCGGCACGCUGAGCUUCUGAAGUCAAUCGCGACACUGGAUUACGUGCCACCCCACCUUUCGGAUCUACAAUCGCAGGUGAAGAGGUUGACUCAGACCCUCGUAGAGGAGCGCCAUGAGUUUCUAGAUUUAAAAGACUCUACAGGGAGGAAAAUGUGGUCAAAGGUGACCGGAAAAAAGGAUGAAUUUCAGGCGAGGAUCAAUAAGGAGGAGAGGGAGUACGUCGAAGCGUUGGAGAAAGAAAUAGUAGAGAAGAGAAAUGUCGAGAUGCUUGAGCAAAUGAUUGCCGAAGCCUUAACAGUGAAAGCUGAAUUGUCGGAGAAUUUGGAGAAAUAUACGGCAAUGAAAAAGGAGUUGCAGGAUAUGUAUAGCUCGUUAUUUGAUGGACGUGCGGAAGAAUUCCCACACGACGAUGAAUUGGAACAGCAGUUAGCUAUGGCCGAAUCCACACAUGCGCGAUUACUGGCGCAACUGAAUUCAGAUUCACAGGUAGUCAAGUUACUACGUCAGGCAGAAAGCAAAAUGCAGGCUGCGCAGACGGCCAUGAAGGAGGCGGUGGAAAUGUCUUUUUAUGUGGAAAUCAGCUAUCCUUAUGCAACUAGCUCCGUCGAAGUGAUGGAACAGUCAGCACUAGGACAGGCCGAGUUUCGCUCGUCCCAAGCAAAGGUAUUAAUUGAACAGGCGCGGAAUAUCUCGCCCCUGAUACAGCCCAUGCCCAAAUUCGAGAUACCUACUGCGUACGUUGGUUGCUUUUCUUUAUAG